AUGGACAGCGAGGUGAUAUUGGUCGGAAAGGUGAUAAAAGGCGAGAAGCGGGCAUUUUUGGAAGAAAGGGACAACCUGUGCGGGAAAGAGAAAGACCAGAUUGAGAACUCGAAAGUGACCGCCACCACUGAGGCACUUAUUCAAGACACAAGUUGUCCGCCGAUCACUCUAGAAUGGAAAAACAUAACGUUCUCCGUGAAAAGCAAAACAGGGAAGCGGGCGCUGCUGACUCGCCUGUACGGAGAGGCGUCCCCCGGCACCCUCACAGCCAUCAUGGGACCUUCGGGAGCAGGAAAAACGACGCUUCUCAACAUACUGGCUGGUCACCUCCGCAGAGGUUACGAAGGUGAAGUUCACGUCAACGGUUACCUCCGAGGUGUGGAACUGUUCAACAUGCAGAGCUGUUACGUCAUGCAGGACGACUGUUUGCUGCAAGAGCUGACUGUACGAGAAGCUAUCGCCAUGAGCAUGGAGCUGAGAACCUCGAAAAUUCGAGGCGAGAACAUUUCGCAUCUCGUGACCAAAGUGAUCGAGCAAUGGGGCCUCGAAGAAUGCGCAGACACGUUGACUAGGUCUCUUUCUGGCGGAGAAAGAAAGCGCCUGGCCAUUUCACAAGAGCUCAUCAGCAAUUCACCGGUGAUAUUGCUCGAUGAACCGACCAGUGGCCUUGACAGUAGCUCGGCGCAGCGCUGUGUCACGGUACUAAAAUCGCUCGCUGCAUCAGGACGCACCGUGCUAUGCUCGAUACACAACCCGAGUGCCCGCCUGUUUUCUCAGUUCGACAACCUUUACAUGCUUUCCGGCGGAAAAUGCAUAUACAGUGGUUCAGUGGAGCAGCUACAGCCAUUCUUGGAAUCCCACAAAUUUCACUGCCCUUUGUACAGCAGUCCAUCUGACUUGAUUACAGAGAUUGCUUUCGGUGAACACGGAGAACAGACAACCAAAUUAUCAAGACUCUUUAUUCCCGAUGACACGCCCGUAAAUAAUGAAGAUAAGCCUGGUUCAUUGUCCCUCACCAGUUACGGCGGACGAAUAAUGAGUGAUCAGGAAAAGGAGGAAAUGAAACGGCAGUAUGAAGUACGACUGGGGUACUGGAAGCAGUUCAAGAUACUCAUGAAAAGGUGCUCCUUGUGUGUUACACGAAACAAGGCCACUUGCAUCGCGCGCCUGCUGGCUUGCCUGUUCUUUGCCUUCCUGCUCUCCAUUAUGUACUACGACUCCGGCAACAAGGCAUUGCAAAUAAGGGAGACCAUCAUGAUGUACCUCGUGGCGAUGAUGAUGCUGCUCUUCGCAUACGCCGGCGCUAAUGUGUUGACAUUUCCUCUGGAGAUACACGUUCUGCUAAGAGAGCAGAGAAACUGCUGGUAUAGCCCAGGCCUGUAUUUUGUAUCACGAACACUUUCGGAAUUGCCAUUAACGAUCGCUGGCCCCGUCAUCAUGAUGACCAUCGUGCAUUGGACGACAUCUCAACCAAUGGACUUCAAGCGCCUUGCUUUCGUCAUACUAUUCUCCAUCCAGUAUGCGUCCACAAGCGAAAGCAUUGGCUACGUCUCAUCCACUCCUUUUAGUCCCGAGGUCGCCGUGAUGUUAUGCCUUCCUGCGGCGACGCCGUCGUUCUUGUUCUGCGGCUUCUUCGUACGCCCUCGACAUCUGUUCCCGGCCAUCAGGUGGCUCACGUACACCUCGCACUUGUACUACGUGCACCGUGGAAUCAUGUACGCCCUGUACGGGAACGGACGCGGCGAAUUGACGUGCAACGAGUGGGACGCCGACGUGCUGUGUGUGCCCGUCGAAGGUGACGCCGUGCUCGACAUAAUCGAUGCGACGGAUGUGGACCUACUGGUUUGCUCCAUGGCGGUGUUGGGUAUAGACAUCUCGCUGAAGAUAUUCGCUUUCGCGCUGUUGAAGUGGCGACUGCAGCGCAAGCAGUGAGCCCAUGCCGGUUGCAACUGAAGUACGGGCCACCCAUAAUCAUCAGAAAAAAAAUUUCCCCCUA